AUGGUCAAGGGAAUGUCCGCCGAGGACAAGCGCCAGAACGUGCUGGCGGUGUUUCACGAAUCGAGCGAACCGUGGUUACUGAAACCGCUCGAAAAAGAGGCGGCGAGGAAAGGUGUUCGCGCGGAUGUGGUGAAGGAUGUCUUACAGUCGCUGGUCGACGACGACUUGGUCCGCGUCGAUAAGAUUGGCACGAUGAACUGGUACUGGUCGUUCCCUGGAGAGGCGUCGAAUAAGGCGACGAUGGCGUUGGAAAACGCGGAAGCGACCAAGGCGCGAUUAGAGCAAGAAAAAGCGGCGCUGGAAAAAGAACUGGCCAAGGUGAAGAAGCAAAAUCCAGAAACCGGUGAACGCGACGCGUUAAUCGCAAAGUUGACUGAGGCGAAGGCGAUCAACGAGCGACUCAAGGCGGAACUAAGCGCGUUUUCGAGUUCGAAUCCGGAAACCGUGGAGGCCAUGCGAGAGGGCGCCAAACUAUCGAAGCAGGCGGCUAAUUUGUGGACGGACAACGUGUUCAUGAUGAAGUCGUGGGUGGAGAGCAAGAUGGGGGAUUCGGGGCAGGUCAAGCAGUUUUUCAAGUCGGAAGGGAUCAACUUGGAUUCAUUCGACUACAUCGAGUGA